AGUUGACUUUGGAAGACUUGGCGCAAGUGCUGUGUUGAACUAAUGAAAGUAGUAGUACACAAGUGUUGUGUUGAAUUAAUGAAAGUAGUAGUACACAAGUGUUGUGUUGAACUAAUGAAAGUAGUAGUACACAAGAGUGUUGUAAUUAUAUUCCAACUCUACGUUCUUCUUGGUCAUUGCGUCCCCCCAAUGUAUUUAUUUAUUUAUUUGUAAUAUAGCGUUAACAAAACGUCUGUAUUUUUAUAAUAUAGCGUUAUAUUUGUAAUAAUAUAGCGUUAACAAAACGUCUGUAUUAAUCAUGACCCCGGAAGUAAAUGGGGGGAAGAAAUUCAGCGUGACAACAUCCACCUCGGUCCACACUUCAUUACAGUAGAUGGCGCUAUUGUGCACCACAAGGCUGCUUGCCAACCGCCAUUACAACAGAAGAAGAAGAAGUUGGUGGAAGCUAGUAUGUAGUAUGACGUCAUUAGUCAUCAAAGGUUGCCGACCGACCGCCCAAACCAACCAAUCAAACCGAAGAAGAAGAAGAAGACAAACCUUCUCCUUGUCGCCUGUUUGAGGCGAUGCGUGGGUGGUGGUGGCGAUGGUGUCGGCGUGCGUGUGGAGGAGGAGGAGGUGUGCGAUGGCAGCAGACGGCGACACAGGCGCUGCUGCUGUACCUGCUGACGUUCUGCGUGCUGCUUCCUGCGUGCUGCCAUCGUCUGCUCUACUCCUACUACUUCCUUAGCUCCGCCUACUUGGACGCCAUGAGCGAGGACGCCCUGCAGGAGAGCUUGCGGCGAGGUCAGGAGGCGCUGAGCUUCUGGCAGAGCUCCCCUCCCGCCUUCACCGACGUGGCCCCCGAGCCCCAGCUGCUGGUUACCGUGGUGACGGCGCCGCGCGCCGAGGGGCGGGACUUCCACUACCUGCUGCAGGUGAUGCGUCGGCUGAGCGAGCUGCUGGGCGGCUGCGGGGAGCGGCGCUGCGCGGAGGUGGUGCUGUGCGACGUGGACGGCGGCGAGGGAAACGAGGACGCCAAACUCCUGCGGGGGAAGUUCCACGUGAUCGGUGGGCGAGAGCGGCGGCGGGAAGACGUGAACACGUUUGAGCGGGAGAAGAGGGACUACGCCUUCUGUCUGCGCCAGGCCUUCCGCUCGCUGCGGCCCAGGAACAUGGUGGUCCUGGAGGACGACGCCCUGCCCCGCCACGACUUCUUUGGCGUGCUGGCAGACCUGCUGAGUCGGCGCUUCGCCGCACACACGCUGUACGUGAAGCUGUACCACCCUGAGAGGCUGCAGCGCUACUGGAACCCUGAGCCAUACCGCAUCCUGGAGUGGUGUGGUCUGGGCCUGCUGGGUGCCUGCCUCAUGCUUCUCACCCUGCCCUCCUGGACCUUCUGCUUCUCACACCUCCUGCUGCUCGCCAUCUACGUCAUGGCCGCCGUGGAGCUGCUGGGCCGCCAUUACCUGCUGGAACUGCGCCGCCUCUCCCCUCAGCUCUACGCCGUCUCCCCCGCCACCGAGUGCUGCACGCCCGCCAUCCUCUACCCCGGCGACGCCUCCCUCAGGGCGGCCCGCUACCUGGACGCCACCUUCUGCAGCCCGGGCAACGCCAAGGACACGCUGCUCUACCACCUGGCCCGCAGUGUGGCGGGGGAGCGCGCUCACAGUGUAGAACCCAACCUGGUCAGCCAUAUUGGAGCCUAUUCCUCCAUCAGGGUCAACCCUGCCAGACCCAAACUGCUCUGACCUGACACAUACUGCUUGCCACGGCAACACGACCUUCACCCUCUGACCAGUGGCGCCUGUGUGUGCGUGUGUGCGUGUGUGCGUGUGUGUGUGUGUGUGUGUGCUUGUGUGUGCGCAUGUGUGUGCGUGUGUGUGUGUGUGUGUGUGCGCUUGUGUGUGCGCAUGUUUGUGCGUGUGUGUGUAUUAACAAAUUCAAAUUUAAAGCACAAGGUGAAUAAAGGUGAGCCAUAAGUAGUUUAUAAAAUUAAUAUGUUUUCAUUUAUUUAUAUGUAUGUAUAUAUACAUAUAGUAAAAAUAUAUUUAUAUUAUAUAUAAUACAUAUAUACUUAUAUAUGAGUGAAAAAUGUAGAGGGGAUCUUGUAUAUAUAUAUAUAUAUAUAUACAUACAUACAUACAUAUAUGUAUGUGUGUGUGUGUGUAUGUAUAUAUAUAUAUAUAUAUAUAUAUAUAUAUAUAUAUAUAUAUAUAUAUAUAUAUAUAUAUAUACAUGUGUGUGUGUAUAUAUAGUAUAUGUGUGUGUGUAUAUAUAUACAUCCCCUUCCAUUUUCUACCGCUUAUUCCCUUUAGAGUCACUGGGGGCGCUGGUGCCUAUCUCAGCUACAAUCGGGCAGAAGGCGGUGUACACCCUGGACAAGUCGCUACAUCAUCACAGGGCCAACACAGAUAGACAGACAACAUUCACACUCACAUACUAGGGAGCAUUUAGUGUUGCCAAUCAACCUAUCCCCAGGUGCAUGUCUUUGGAGGUGGGAGGGGCCUAUCCCCAGGUGCAUGUCUUUGGAGGUGGGAGGAAGCCGGAGUACCCGGAGGGAACCCACGCAAUCAUGGGGAGAACAUGCAAACUCCACACAGAAAUAUCCCGAGCCCGGGAUUGAACCCCAGACUACUCAGAACCUUUGUAUUGUGAGGCAGACGCACUAAACCCUCUGCCAUUGUGAAGCCCCCCCCCCCCCCCCCCCACACACACACACACAUACAUACAUAUAUAUAUAUAUGUAUAUAUAUAUAUAUACACACACACACAUGAGCCUUGCGAUGAGAUGGCGACUUGUCCAGGGUGUACGCCGCCUUCCGCCCGAAUGCAGCCGAGAUAAGCGCCAGCGAUCCUGAAUGGGACAAGCGGUAGAAAAUGGAUGGAUAUAUAUGUAUACAAAUGUACAUAUAUAUUCACAUAUACGUCAAUACAAUGAAGAAAAUAAGUAUUUGAACACCCUGCUAUUUUGCAAGUUCUCCCACUUAGAAAUCCUGGAGGGGUCUGAAAUGUUGCUGGUAGGUGCAUGUCCACUGUAUGAGGGACAACCUGAAAAGAAAAAUCCAUAAAUCACAAUCUAUGAUUUUUUUAACAAUUUAUUUGCGUGAUAAAGCUGAAAAUUAGUAUUUGAACACCUUCAUUAAUAUUUGGUAGAUUAGCCUUUGUUUGCAAGUACAGAGGUCAAAUGUUUCCUGUAGUUCUUCAGCAGGUUUGCACAGACUGCAGGAGGGAUUUUGGUCCACUCCUCCACACAGAUCUUCUCUAGAUCACUCAGCUUUCUGGGCUGUCGCUGAGUAACACAGACUUUCAGCUCCCUCCAAAGAUUUUCAAUUGGAUUUAGUUCUGGAGACUGGCUAGGCCACUCCAGAACCUUGAUAUGGUUCUUAUGAAGCCACUUCUUGGUUUUCCUGGCUGUGUGCUUUGGGUCAUUGUCAUGUUGGAAGAUCCAGCCACGACUCAUCUUCAAUGAUCUGACUGAGGGAAGGAGAUUUUUGGCCAAAAUCUCACAAUACAUGGCUGCAGUCAUCCUCUCCUUAAUACAGUACAGUCGUCAUGUCCCAUGAACAGAAAAACACCCCCAAACCAUGAUGCUACCACCCCCAUGCUUCACAGUAGGGAUGGUGUUCUUGGGAUGGUACGCAUCAUUCUUCUUCCUCCAAACACACAUAGUGGAAAUAUGACAAAAGGUCCAUUUUGGUCUCAUCUGUCCACAAACCUUUCUCCCAUGACUCCUGUGGAUCAUCCAAAUGGUCAUUGGCCAACUUAAGACGGGCCUUAACAUGUGCUGGUUUAAGCAGGGGAACCUUCCGUGCCAUGCAUGAUUUCAAAGCAUGACACAUGUCUUAGUGUAUUACCAACAGUCACCAUGGAAACAGUGGUCCCAGCUCUUGUCAGGUCAUUGACCAAGUCCUGCCGUGUAGUCCUGGGCUGAUUCCUCACCUUCCUUAGCAUCAUUGAGACCCCACCAGGUGAUAUCUUGCAUGGGGCUCCACUCCCAUUGAGAUUGAGCUAAACUGACAGUUGAAGGGUAGAAAACAGAGGCUAAACUGACAGUUGACAGGUAGAAAACAAAGAUGCUAAACUGACAGUUGACAGGUAGAAAACAAAAGAUGCUAAACUGACAGUUGACAGGUAGAAAACAAAAGAUGCUAAACUGACAGUUGACAGGUAGAAAACAAAAGAUGCUAAACUGACAGUUGACAGGUAGAAAACAAAAGAUGCUAAACUGACAGUUGACAGGUAGAAAACAAAGAUGCUAAACUGACAGUUGACAUGUAGAAAACAAAGAUGCUGAACUGACAGUUGACAGGUAGAAAACAAAGAUGCUAAACUGACAGUUGACAGGUAGAAAAUAAAGAUGCUAAAGUGACAGUUGACAGGUAGAAAACAAAUAUGCUAAACUGACAGUUGACAGGUAGAAAACAAAGAUGCUAAACUAAUACUGAGUGGAGGCCGGUGGGAAACAAAGAUGCUAAACUAAUACUGAGUGGAGGCCGGUGGGAAACAAAGAUGCUAAAGUGACAGUUGACAGGUAGAAAACAAAGAUGCUAAACUGACAGUUGACGGGUAGAAAACAAAGAUGCUAAACUGACAGUUGACAGGUAGAAAACAAAGAUUCUGAAGUGACAGUUGACAGGUAGGAAACAAAGAUGCGAAAGUGACGGUUGACAGGUAGAAAACAAAGAUUCUAAAGUGACAGUUGACAGGUAGAAAACAAAGAUGCUAAACUGACAGUUGACAGGUAGAAAACAAAGAUUCUAAAGUGACAGUUGACAGGUGGAAAACAAAGAUGCUUAAGUGACGGUUGACAGGUAGGAAACAAAGAUGCUAAAGUGACAGUUGACAGGUAGAAAACAAAGAUGCUAAACUGACAGUUGACGGGUAGAAAACAAAGAUGCUAAACUGACAGUUGACAGGUAGAAAACAAAGAUUCUGAAGUGACAGUUGACAGGUAGGAAACAAAGAUGCGAAAGUGACGGUUGACAGGUAGAAAACAAAGAUUCUAAAGUGACAGUUGACAGGUAGAAAACAAAGAUGCGAAAGUGACGGUUGACAGGUAGAAAACAAAGAUUCUAAACUGACAGUUGACAGGUAGAAAACAAAGAUGCUAAACUGACAGUUGACAGAUAGAAAACAAAGAUUCUAAAGUGACAGUUGACAGGUGGAAAACAAAGAUGCUUAAGUGACGGUUGACAGGUAGGAAACAAAGAUGCUAAAGUGACAGUUGACAGGUAGAAAACAAAGAUGCUAAACUGACAGUUGACAGAUAGAAAACAAAGAUUCUAAAGUGACAGUUGACAGGUGGAAAACAAAGAUGCUUAAGUGACAGUUUAGCUUCUUCCAUUUUCUAAUGAUUGCUCCAACAGUGGACCUUUUUUCACCAAGCUGCUUGGCAAUUUCUCCGUAGCCCUUUCCAUCCUUCUGGAGUUGUACAAUUUUGUCUCUGGUGUCUUUGGACAGCUCUUUGCUCUUAGCCGUGCUGAAUGUUUGGGUCUUACUGAUUGUAUGGGGUGGACAGGUGUCUUUAUGCAACUAACCACCUCACACAGGUGCAUCUGAUUCAGGAUAAUACAGUGGAGUGGGGGAGGACUUUUAAAGGCGGACUAACAGGUCUUUGAGGGUCAGGAUUCUAGCUGAUAGACCGGUGUUCAAAUACUUAUUUUCAGCUGUAUCACACAAAUGAUUUUUUUUUUUUAAA